AUUAGUGACGUCAGCGCUGUUUCAUCGUAGAGCUCUACGGAUUCAACGACCUUAAACGCUGUUGAGUAGACAACGAACUAAUAUGGCGGCUUCCAUGAAGCAAGUAAACUUUUUGUAUAAAAAUUGUCGAUUCACUCUUGCUGUGGACGAUGUAAUAGCGGACAGAUUAUUGAAAGAGGCCAACUAUCUCAAUGAAUUCUUUAAAAAUUUAAUUGGAACAGAUAUUUGGCCGUCAUUAGGUUUGCCUAAUGACUUAAAUAUUGAAGAUAUCAAACUUAUUGAAGAAUUCAAACUUAUUGAAUCUAAUAUAGAAAAUGAUACAGGAAAGAAGGACCAAAAUUAUUCAACGAAGAAAAGAGAUGUAUGGACAGAUGCCAUUAUUAAGUUACUAAUUUCAGAGACUGGCACUUGAGGAGCAAUUUGGAAAGCCAGGAAACAAAAAAAAAAUUAUGGAUGAAAAUACACAGUAUAAUGGCGUCACAAGGGUAUAAUUUAACUGCUGAAGACUGUGAUAUAAAAUGGAGAAAUUUAAUAGCAACAUAUAGGAAAAACAAAGACAGUGCUAGA